UAGCUUUCAGCUGUUCUCCUUAAAGAAUGAAUCAGAUAUUCACACACAUUGUGGUUGUUAUAAAACUAAUCUUUAUUGGUAAGUAUCAUUUUAUUCUGGUUUAAAUUUAAAUCGUUCACUAGACUCUGUAGAAUUGGCAAUAUACAACACACGUGUCAAACCCGUUAUGCAAAUGGAUUUAAAAAGUUAAAAUAUUUUAUUAUAAAGAACUUUACAAGAUGUGCUAUACAGUAACGUUGAGCUAGAUUGAACAAUGAUACAAGCGCAUUCCUAAUUAGUCACCCUUUUAUCAAAUAUGUUGCGGAAAUCUGGUAUAGAACAAACAAAUUGCGAAAUGCAUCUUUUACUUUAUGAAUAUUUGAUUCAAUCAGAAGGUAAUUAAUGCUAGAUUUACUUAUUAAGAAAUGUUGUAUUACAUUUUUGAAACUCAAUUGUUAAAAUUAUGGUCACUUUCAAAGUCAAAACUUUUAUUCAAAAGGAUUCCAAUCACGACUGUUCAGAAUAUGGAUGUUUAAAAGAUGUAAAUAAGAAGUUAACUAUUUGAUAUAUACAAAAAUAAUAAAACCGAUUUGAUAAAAAUUGCUUUUUAAAUCACAAUUGUUUAAUGUUUCUUAUCCAAGUUUCUAUACAUUUUAAAUAAAGCACGUUUUCUUUUUUAAAAACUCUUUAAUUGUAUGUCAACUUUUUUUAACAUCUUGAAGAAAAUUUGAAACAAACAUUUAUUUUUUUCUUCCCUCAAAAUUUUGUAUACUUUUCAAAUGAUGGAAUGUAUGGUGAGAAAAUAAUUAUGUUAUUUAUUUUUUUUUUGUAAGCUAUAAAAGAUAGAUAAUUAACUUGGUAGAAUGUCUCAGCACUUUUUUAAAGAGUUUAAAUAUAAUUUCCUAGAUUCAUUAUUAUUUUUAAAAUACAUUUUUCUCAGGUACCUCUCUUGGUGAAUGGGUUUCUAUAGGACAGUCACAUGCAUUUGUCUGUACAUACAACGUCAAGAGCUAUCCAUCAUUCUCAUGGUUCAUUGGAGCGGAUAACAUCAUAUUUUUAUGUGAGGAUUAUGGAAAACUUUCGUGCACGCCAGCCCUUGAUCAAUUGCUAGAAAUUUACGAUGCAAACAUAACUUUAGACUCUAAAAACUACACAUCAGUUUUGACAAUUAAGUCUGUCGCAAUGGAACAUCAUAACACAACGUGGUACUGUUAUGUUACUUUAGCAUCUGGACUAGGCAGUUCUUCAAAAUACAGUCUAUACGUUUUUGGUGAGUUUACAAAGCUGUUAGCAAUUAUGUAUACAUUUAUUUUUAUAUUUCCAAUUCACUGUACAUUUUAAUUUUCUUAACUAUUAAAAUUUAAAAUUAAACACUUAUACAUUAAAAACUACUCAAGAACAAAGAAUAGAAUAAUAAACUUAUUACAUUUUAUAACUCAUUGUUGUUUUGAGUUGUUUUAUUUAUUAUGUUACCAGCGCCACCACAGACCCCAUCUUGUCUCAAUGCAAAAUUAAUUGAUGAUGUAAAUAUUGAAGAACAGUGCAGCACUGAAACUAUUUUUCCCGAAGCGAUAUGUCUGUUUUACUUUAAAACCAAUGUAAGCUGUCCACUUUCAUGUUAAAGGCAUUGCUAUAGUCUAACACAGUUCAUAUGUACAAACAAAAAACAAUUUUAAAUUGCUUCCAUUUGCUUAUCCAAAACAAAAACGAAAAAAAAAAAACCGCUCAUUAUGUUGUUUCUGUUCUAUGACAUAUUAAAUCUAUUUACCGAUUUACUUAGUUGCUUAAAAAAGCAGGUGAAAUAUGUUUUCUUUGUUAGCGAUUAAUUAAAUUGUUUGCUUAUAAUCUUUUAGCCAAACAGAUGUACAAGAAAUAAAAUCGAUUUAAAUUAAUUUAUUUUUUGGAUACUAUUUGACAUUGUCAUUACUCAUAGGGUAUGGCUAAAUAGCCAUAUUAUAUGGUCCAAAAUUUCAAGGGCCUUAUAACAAAAUGCCGGAAAUUGCAACAAGUUUACUGACAAGAGUUCCAACAAAAUUAAGAACUUAUUUUGACUGGUAUUUUAAUUCUAUGGUUAACGUAAAAGAAAUUAACAUGAAAACUUUACAAUAAAAUUUGAUUUGGCUUUGUUGGAUACUAAGGAGUAUAAAACAUGAAAAUAAAUUGUAUUUCUAAUAAGAUAUUGAAUAUUUGAAAAUUACGUAAUCACGUAAAAGAAAACUACUGCAUUUAUUUAAUAAUAGGAUAAUGUGUGUAUUCUUUAAAGAAUACAGGAGCCGCAAAAAUGAAUGGUGGAUUGAUUACCUACCAAUCUGAGCCAUCAAGCACUUCAGGAUACAUUAGAACAAAAUGCACUUACACUAUCUCUGCUGACAAAUUAGGACCAGGGUCGCAUGUCUUCUAUGUUGUAAUGUAUCCGAAUAUCACAUCAAAUAUAACAGAGGACAUGAAGAGAUCAAGCCAAUACACAAAUCCUGUCGUAAUAGGUAAUGUCAAAUAACUCAACAAAUUUAAUGUAAUAGAUACCAAAAAUGUGUAUUCUUUCUAUUUACAGUACUUAUAAUGCAUUCUUGCGUGCUUUUUUUUUUCCUAAUAGAUUGAAAUAAAAUAAUUCUAGAAGCAAAUUUUUAUUGUCUUUUGUACUCUAUACCAUACGCGUCAAUACUUUCAACCAUCAUUCUAACAUCCAUAUUAAUUCAAUUACACAAAUGCGAUUUCCUAUCAAGCACAUUUGGACAUUUCUUAAAGAUAAAAUCAAGAAUUCAUCAGUAGCAUCACUAGUUUCAUAAAACGAAUAACUUUAUUCAUAUAUCAUGUGAAAGUACGCUCAGCCAGUUGAUUUGAAAUACUUUUGAUGUGCCCAAUAAUCCAAUUUUAGGCUAUCCUAAUGCUGUUCUCGCCAAAGACUGUCAAGUCAACGACUACAUCAAAGAAAACCAAAACAGAACGUGUACAUGUUACGAUAACAGCCGGAUAUUUUUAUCAACACAAGUUACUUGGUCUAAUGGAUCUGCUCGAGAUGGGCAAUUAGAGUUUCUUUCAAAACGACCUUCUAAGGGUGAAUCUUUAUGUAAAUAGUUAAUUGAACUUCCCUUGUGAAAGUGCAGUAUUUGUUUGACAGCAAGCAUGUAAGCAUGUUAUCUCAGUCCGACAUUUCAAUACCAUUGUAUUACUUAUGAAUGAAGCUAAACGAUGCACAUUGGUUUCAGACAACGCCAUGUACACCUGUUCGAUAUCGAAUAAACUGAGCUUGACAAAGCAAAUCACAUAUCAACCAAACAUAACGUGUAAGUACAAAUUCGUGUAUGUUGUGAACAAUUGGGUAUUAAAGUUGGCGAUAUUUAAUAUAGAACUCAAGAUCUGCAUACAACAAGAAAUGAUUUAUUUCUAAGAUCUUAAUAUUUCAUUCUUAAAAAUGUGUCUUCAAAGUUAUAACUUAACGAUUUGAUUGAUUUAUAAACAGUUUUUUUUUAAAAGUGUUAUAACAUUUUUAAAUGAUUUAUAAUGUAUUGUAUUGUAUGGUAGCUUUCAGCGGUACACACUAACUAGAGAUUCUUAAAGCAAUUCAUUAUUUUUUCGAUAAUAGUACCGUGUAGCAAAUAUUUUAUUGCUAUAGUUAGCAUUGUUAGUGUUUGAUAUGGUCUAAAAUUAUUUUCGUGAAAUAAAAAAUAUUUCUGCUCAAACUUAACUAUAACUUACCCUGUUAAAUCUGCUAAAAAUAAUUGUAAUUAUAUUCAUUUAAAAUAUUCGAUAUAUUUAUUUUGUCAAGUUAAUUAUCAAAAACCUAAAGGGUAGAACUAGUUAAUAUAUGAAGACGAUAGCACACAUUUAUGUUUAUUUUAAAUUUAUUGUUUAGAUGGCCCAGAUAGUGCUGUCUUGUAUCUUCCUAAAUUGACCUUUGACCAGUGUGAUCCUAACGGAGCGAAUAUGUCCGGGACUUGUUCAGUUAGUGACAGCUAUCCUGACCCUACAGUGUAUGUUUACGUCAGCAACUCUCCCGCGAUGCAUCAGAUGAAAAUAACAAACAACGAUUACCGUUUCAGCCAAGUCAUUUCUGAAAGUGGAAUAGUCUACGUUUUGUGUCGUGCUGUCAAUACUAUUUAUGAGGAGAUUUCUUCUGAGAUAAUAAGUUCUGUAACAGUGAAAGGUAGCGGCGUCUUGUAGCUCUUCAAAAAUGUAGUUAUUUAAUUUUGAUAUAAAAUUAAUUAAAUAAAUAAAAGGGUGUUUUGCCCGAAUAUGUUUUGUUUAGAUUUUGGCUCAUUCAAUUUUUGUUUAAAUAAAAUUCAUUUUACAUUAUCAUUGCUAAUAUUUUUUUCACCGUAUAUUUAAUGUGUUUAAAGUUUCCGAAAUACCGACUAUAAACAUUCAGUUUAUUUUUUAAAAUUUACUUUAGUGGAUUUCAAAUAAUCAAAAUUCUCUAACACAAUACAUACUAUCCACGAAAUUCUCACUUAAUAUUUAUAUAUUUUAAGGACCACCAGAAGCCCCACAAAUAUCCUCUGUGUCAGGAAAAACCAAAAGUCUCACUGAAGGAAACAAGCUGCAGGUCACAGAGGGAAAGACAGACAUCGUGUGUGAAUCUAAAGGAGGAUUUCCCCUGUAUAAAAACUUAACACUUGUUUGUGGGACACACGUACAAUCUAAUGAAAG